AUGUCGACCCAGGCGUACUACAAGGAGCGUCUCGGCUUCGACCCCCAAGAGGCGGAGGCGAACGGGGGCUACUUCGAUGGACCACAGACGAAGCGUCACCGCGGGGACAAGGAGAGCCACGAUCAGGUUUACGAGGAGAACCUGACGAAAUUCAAAGGUACAACUUGUUGGGGUUUCUUUAUUCAACAGGCAGAUGAGCGAGAUGCGAUCCAGAAGAAAACGUUCACGAAAUGGGUCAACAAACACUUGAAAAAGCACUGGAAGUAUUUAAAGACGUACACACGUCUUCAUGUCUGCGAGAUUGUCAACAAUCAACCCUGUUGUCCGCCUCAACAAGUGAACAGACACGUGAACGAUCUCUUCGAAGACCUGCGGGAUGGACUCAACCUUAUCUCCCUGCUGGAGGUGCUUUCUGGCGAACACCUGCCGCGGGAGAGAGGUCGGAUGCGUUUCCACAUGCUACAGAACGUUCAAAUGGCCCUGGAUUUCCUCCGAUACAAGAAGAUUAAGCUGGUCAACAUCCGAGCUGAGGACAUCGUUGAUGGCAACCCCAAACUUACCCUCGGCUUAAUAUGGACCAUCAUUCUGCAUUUCCAGUUGCGGGGGCUCAAAGGCUACAGAGAUUUCCGAGAAGAUGUUAAGCGGAGGUCUUGGGUUCGAAAUCAGAUGGGCUCGGUAAUUAUGGGUGUGUGUUUGUCCGAAGCUGGGUUAAUGUUUGCUUGA